CGUCAGUCAUCAGCAGCAGAAGCAGCGACCUGGACUCGCCGGCUGUCAACGGCGAGGCGGUCCGUUGCAUCUUCCGCGGCUCGCGAGGUCGACUGCUCAAGGUCAAGGACGUCGGCAGCCUCAGGAUGGCGGCCCGCCACCACAGCCUCGUCGACUUCCCUGCCAAUGCACUCCGCACACGCCUCACCCAAUCGCUGCAUCGCAAACUGCUCGCCGACGGCUCACGGCUCGACACCGUGCUGGUCUUCGACGCCCAGACGGUGUCUGAGUCACGUGUGCUGCUGCCGGCCGUGUGGCUGGUGGAGGAGCAGACGUGGGACGAGAUCGCCGACAUACUGCGGCUGGCGGCGCACUGCGGCCGGUGCACCCUGCCGGUGCGGCUGACUGCUGACGAUAUCAACAGACACGCCAACAAGACGGUGAGACGCACACACAGGGGCGGGAGGGCACAGAGAGGGCCUCAUUCUUCUUUCUCUCUCUGUGUGAGUGGUCGUGUAGGAGUAUGCGUCGCUUCCCCGUGUGUUGGCCCAGCUCAUGGUGGUGGGGCUUCAUGUGGACUUCGGUGACGGCAGCCGGCUGGAGCUGUUCCGCCACGGCCAUGAGGUGCGGGCCAUCAAUGACGAGCCCGGCUUCCGGCUGACCCGCAACCCGCACCUUCCGCCCGGCCACCUGUAUGAGCAGCACCGACUACAGGACGACCCGCCAGUGGACAGCGCCAUCUUCUACUCGGGCUCAGCAUGGACUGGGCCGUUCGUCAACAACACCUACGCGUCCUCGUCGUCGUUUGCCAAGAGCUUGACCAUCGACCAUUUCUACCUGACUCACCAGAUCAAUCACACAUCGAUAUCCCUCAACAGGUAACCCACCGAUGGUACCAGUGGGCGAGAGGGGUGCGUGUUUGAUUGUGUGUGCGUGUGAUGUGGUUGGUUCAGGGGUGUCUGUGGCGGUCGUCUGGAUGACCUCCUCAUCCAGUCGCCCCACACACCGGUGGCCGGAUGUAGCACCACAUUCAGCAAGACGGACGGUCAUGUGCGAGAGCUGUUGCUCACCAACAGCAGCCACAACUUCGUCGCAUGGAUCUACAUCCAGGACUUUCCGCGCAACAGAGGUCAGGCCGACAGACAGGCAGCUCUGCUGGUCACGUGCCACUAAUGUGUUCUCUCCCUUGUGUGGCUGCAGUGGAUGUGAUUGUGAGGACGACCGAGGCGGCUGUGUGUGAGGGUGGUGCCUUCAAGGACCGCUUCCCAGUGACCACUCAGCUGGCGCGUGCGGUGCUUCGGGCCGUCAUCUCGGCCAUGCUCUUCGACCAAUAGACAGCUCAGGUAUGCACCAAACACGACUGACACGGGCAGCAAAUGCGCACACACACGACCCCAAUGGUGUCUGUCUUUCUAUGUGUGUGUCAGGUUGGGCCGUGGUGGUGACAGGGGGAGGGACACUGGCGGCCGCAUAGAUGGCUUCAAUGAUGUGUGUGCGCGUGGGGUUUUCCGACUGGUUAGUCUCUGUCUGCCAAUGCGCUUUUCGAUAUGCGUGUGUGCAUUCAUCAGUGGCUGGCUGCCCUGUCUGUCUGUCUGUCUGUUUUGCCUCUCUCUCGCCAUCUGCC